GGUGCAGAGCGUGAGCGAGACGCCCUCGAACGCCUAAGAUGACAGAAGUGGCGAGCUCAGUGGUGCACGAGGUGCUGGGACGACGGGUUGAGGAUGUGGAUCAACCUAUUAUUGAUUAUAUUAUCAACGUCCUCGCAGAUGAUGACUUUGAUUUUGGAGAUGAUGGAGAAGGCGUCUUCGAUUUUCUCGGGGAGCUACUCGUUGGUGCCGGCUGCGUCGACGACUUCUCUGAGUGUCGCAAUGUAUGUAGCAAAUUGUCUGAAAAAUUUGGAAAGCAUGGGGUGGUCAAAACCAAACCAACCGUGCGAAGCCUUGCAGCACCCUUCAGAAUGAAUGACGGAAUGGAUGAUGGGGUAGCUCCUAAGAAGAAGCGUGAGCCUACUGAUGGUCCUUUGCUAACCGAACGUGACCGUGUAAAGUUAGAAAGAAGAAAGAGGAAGGAGGAGCGCCAAAGGGAGGCACAGUACCAAAUGCAUCUAGCGGAAAUGGAGGCAGCCCGAGAAGGGAUGCCUGUUGUAUGUGUUAGGCAUGAUAAUAGUGGUGGAGCAGCUGUCAAGGACAUUCACAUGGAGAACUUCAAUAUUUCUGUUGGAGGCCGUGAUCUCAUUGAGGAUGGUUCAAUCACACUGUCAUUUGGAAGGCAUUAUGGCCUUAUUGGAAGAAAUGGUACUGGGAAAACAACAUUCCUUAGGCAUAUGGCUAUGCAUGCCAUUGAUGGCAUACCAUAUAAUUGUCAGAUAUUGCAUGUGGAGCAAGAGGUAGUUGGUGAUGACAUAACAGCCUUGCAGUGUGUUCUCAAUUCGGAUAUUGAGAGAACUCAACUUCUGGAGGAAGAAGCUCGGUUACUUGCCCAUCAGAAAGAGUUGGAUACUGGGGAUGUAACUGUAAAGAGCAAUGAUGCCAUUUCACAAAGACUGGAGGAAAUCUACAAGAGGCUUGAGUUAAUUGAUGCUUACUCUGCGGAGUCACGUGCAGCUUCAAUACUUGCAGGCCUAAGCUUCUCUCCUGAGAUGCAAAAGAAGGCAACAAAAACUUUCUCUGGAGGAUGGCGGAUGCGAAUAGCUCUUGCUCGUGCACUAUUCAUAGAACCUGACUUGUUGCUUCUGGAUGAACCUACGAACCAUCUUGAUCUUCAUGCUGUCUUAUGGCUGGAAUCUUACUUGGUUAAGUGGCCAAAAACGUUCAUAGUUGUUUCUCAUGCUAGAGAAUUUUUGAACACGGUGGUUACUGACAUAAUUCACCUGCAAGCUAAAAAGUUGAUUACUUAUAAGGGGAAUUAUGAUACUUUUGAGAGGACUCGAGAAGAACAGCUUAAAAACCAGCAAAAAGCAGUAGAGGCAAAUGAACGAGCAAGAGCUCACAUGCAGUCUUUCAUUGACAAAUUCCGUUAUAACGCCAAGAGGGCAUCACUUGUUCAAUCAAGAAUCAAGGCUUUGGACCGGAUGGGUCGUGUGGACGAAAUUAUCAAUGAUCCUGACUAUAAGUUUGAGUUCCCAACUCCAGAUGAUAGACCUGGUGCACCAAUAAUAAGUUUUAGUGAUGCAUCAUUUGGUUACCCUGGGGGCCCAAUUCUAUUUAAGAAUUUGAAUUUUGGGAUUGAUCUUGACAGCCGAAUUGCUAUGGUUGGACCCAAUGGUAUUGGCAAAUCUACCAUACUUAAGUUAAUUGCUGGGGAACUACAACCCAUUUCUGGGACAGUUUUUCGUUCUGCCAAGGUUCGUAUAGCGGUCUUCAGUCAGCAUCAUGUUGAUGGAUUAGACUUAUCUUCAAAUCCCCUUUUGUAUAUGAUGCGCUGCUAUCCUGGUGUUCCUGAACAGAAACUUCGAGCUCACUUGGGCUCUUUUGGUGUAACUGGAAAUCUUGCACUUCAGCCGAUGUAUACACUGUCAGGGGGACAAAAAAGCAGGGUUGCAUUUGCAAAGAUAACUUUCAAGAAACCGCACAUAAUAUUGCUUGAUGAACCUUCCAAUCACCUGGACUUGGAUGCUGUUGAGGCGCUAAUUCAAGGUCUUGUCAUGUUCCAAGGAGGCAUUCUAAUGGUGAGUCACGAUGAGCAUCUAAUAUCUGGAAGCGUGGAGGAGCUAUGGGCUGUAUCCCAAGGAAGAGUGAGCCCAUUCCAAGGCACCUUCCAAGAUUAUAAGAAGAUACUCCAAUCAUCAUAGGAAAGUGUAUUAGUAGUUAACAAUUUUUGUGUUGAGAAGCCAUUUACAAAUAUUUCUGGUGUAAUCUCAGGUGUAAUCUCACGUAGUCGUAGAUGGGCAAUGGUAAUAUAACACGUUUGGACGAGUUUCCCAUUUUAUAUAUUAUUGUCAUUAUUUAUUCAUUUUUGAUAA